GUCUUGGAGGCGUCAAAAAAAUUUUAGAAGUUGGCGGACCUUCAUUCUUACUUCCCAUUCCUCAACGUCACAAAAUUUAUGAAUUAAAAUCAAUUUUGGAUUGCAUAAAUGAUAAGAAGAUGGAAAAAAGGGCGUUUGUUGUUGGCGCUGGGGCUGGACCGUGGCCGAGGCUCUCCAAGAAUUGUGAAAUGAUGAUGAACGUUGUCGUGUCUGCAAAGGACCUUAAAAAUGAGACCCGACUAUCCUGGGUUGGACGAAAUGAGGAGUGCAUUCUUGAGGAGUCCCUAGGCAACGAUACAAGAUUCGCUUUGUUAGCGAAUCUCUAUGUGAGUGAAGGGACACCAGAGAAAGUAUUAAAAGUUCAUGCAAAAAAGAGGACUGGAAAAUUGGACUUCAUCGCUACAAUGCAAAAAGCCCUUCAAGCUCAUUACAAAGACAAACUUGUUGGUCUGGGUGGCACUUUCCUCUUCAAACAAGGAAAAGUUCGCCAACAUGUGAUGCGAGAUUUUUCAACGGCCCCCCUAACAACUGAAAACGCCCUCAAUAACUGGCUGAAAUUUUACGAAAUGUCCGCUCCCCUGGUGGCAGUGGGCACUUUCGUUUCUGCACAAACCGACCUUGAUCUCCGGGUUCAGCAUUUUCACAGCUUCAGUCAUCAUGGCGAAGGUGGUCAUUACCACAUCGAUACGACUCCGGACAUUGCCGAAUACCUAGGCUAUUUCGGCGUAGCUGAGUCUUUGUACAGAAUUGAUCAGCCGGCCGUUUGCGUUGAUUUCGGAAAAGAUUAAUAUUCUCGACGACAUUGUGACAAAACAGGCAUAACAGGGGAUCUGAACCAGGUUUUUUAUAUAAAGAUUCUACUGAAAAGUGUUUCAUUAAACAAACAAUUAUAUUUUGAAUUUCUAGAUCUUUCCUAUCAACAUUCUGAAAUCGAAUCUUCUAGCAAUGUAUGUACAUCGACAUUUCCAUGAGAAGACGAUUCAUAUAUCCUGUAACAUAUACCCUAUUGUAUUGCUAGUACCACGAGACAGAUAUGCAAUACGUAGAAACACUUUUCCGAACAACUACAAGACAUCAGAAACAUCAAUAUAUUUCCAUGAUUUGUAAUUUCAUAUGAAGAACAGCCAUAUCAUGCCAUUCAAUUAACGAAAAUUGUUAUUCAAACAAUACAACAAUCAAUAAUAACCAAUAAAUAAUCCGGUCCAAGUUCAAGGAUAUUUAAAAAUUAAAUAAAUUUCGUUACUUGCAUGCAGACGUUUUGAAGGUAUAUGCAAUAGUAUUAUAAAAAUAAAUAGCAAAGCACACGAUAAUUGUUUCUCAGCACCUUUUUAAUUGACAAUUAUAAGGUAAAUAAACAGUUCUACUCCAGACUCCCUA